CAGCGUGUGGGUGGGGCAUUCUGCGGUCACCACGGUGACCACAGACACUGGGUGUGGAGGGAGCGAGGCUGCAGGUUGGGAGGGACCCAGCACAUGGGGGAACGACAGCAAAGUCUGCGUCAAACGCACCUUGUCCCUGAGGCCGGGGGCCGGUCAGAAGAGGGGCUGGAGAAUGGCGAGGAACACAGCUGGCGGAGCACUGAGGCCGUGCCGGGGUCCAGGGACCCGGAGGAGGAGGUCUCCCUGGAGGAGGUGGCCGGGGAGCAGCACCCAGGGGCCCUGCCUCCCAAGGAGGUGCUCUUGGAGCCCGAGCUGGCUCCGGACCAGGACUUGGAGGCGGGCAUUACCAUGAGCCAGCUGUCCAUCGCUGAGAGGCGCCCUGACACCCCCACCGCCAGGAGCAGGAGGAGGCGGCGGCUGCAGGAGCUGGCAAAGCCCAAAACCGACUGGCAAGUGAUCAGGGACAGGCCGGGGUGCUGCUGUGAGGGCUUCGCCUGGAUCUCCCCACGCAGGAAGAACUUACAUUUCUGUCUCUAUUGGCCUUCCGUGUACUGGACGGAGUGCUUUCUUGAGGAUACUACCCUGAGUGUCACGGUGCCCGCCGUGUCCCACCGCGUGGAGGAGCUGGCGCGGCCCCGGAGGUUCUACCUGGAGAAUUUCAGCAGCUGCCGGGCCUCUCCCAUCUGGCCUGUCCCUCGGCCCACCCUGGAGUACCGCGCGUCCAGCAGGCUGAAGGAGCUGGCCACCCCCCGGGUCCGCAAGAACGUCUGGAGCAUCGACAUGUCGGAGGUGUCACGAGUGUCAAGGGCAGCCCAGAUGGCCGUCCCCAGCUCACGGAUCCUUCAGCUGGCCAAGCCCAGGGCCCCACCCAUGCUGUCGGCAGAGUGGGACCCCGUGCCCAAACCCAAGCCCUAUGUGUCAGACUACAGCCGCCUCCUCCAGCUGGCCAUGCCUAAGGCCCAGUCAGAAAAGUGUGUUCCUGACCGCAGUCCUUGCUGGGAGGUGCUGGACAUCACCAAGAAGGCUGUGGCCAGUCCAAGGAUCAUCUCCCUGGCCCAGCCCAGAGUCCGCAAGGGCCUCAAUGAGGACUACAACCCCUACUACAUCUCCCCGGCCUCCCUGGUGGCUCAGGCAUCCCCGCGCCUGUAUGAGCUUGCCACCCCCAGAAGCAUCACCAAGAAAGUGUGAGCGGGCGCCUGGCCUGCCAGCGGACUCCCAGUAAACACCCAAGUGCAUCCCGCCUGUGUACGUGUCUGCUGUGGGCUCCGAGGCUGGGGAGGGGCGUGCAGGGGGCCGCGGGCUGAGGCGGAAAAUAAUAAUAAUAUUGAAUCUUC